GGGAAUUCCGGGAGGCGGGGCUUGCCGGGACCAGGUGUUCCAACCUUUCCACGGCGGUGGGCUGAAGUCUCGCGAGACUGCGGCGGGGCCCAAUGACGCGCCGGCGCCGGCCCUAAGGCCCGGGGGCGGAGUAGUGACGAGAACUGAGUGAAAGUGGUCGGGCUUCGGCGGCUUAACGGCUCGGUGGCCGGGCCGCCGCUCGGAGCCGUGGCCAUGAAGGAGGAGCGCGAUUACAAGCCCAAGGAGAAGCGGGUAACCCUCCUGACGCCCCAGGGGGCCGCGAGCAGCGUCGCCGGGGCUUCGGCCGACUACGGCAAGGGUGAUGAGAAGCAGGAUCGGAGCCGGGAGAAGAAAGAGGCGCUGAGCAAGGUGGUAAUUCGCAGGUUACCUCCCACUUUGACCAAGGAUCAGCUUCUAGAACAUCUUCAGCCUCUGCCUGAACAUGAUUAUUUUGAAUUUUUCUCUAAUGAUACUAGUUUGUACCCUCAUAUGUAUUCGAGAGCAUACAUCAACUUUAAGAACCAAGAAGACAUUAUUUUGUUCAGGGAUCGCUUUGAUGGCUAUGUAUUCCUUGACAAUAAAGGUCAGGAAUAUCCUGCUAUAGUAGAAUUUGCACCUUUUCAAAAAGCUGCAAAAAAGAAGACUAAGAAAAGAGAUACCAAAGUUGGGACUAUCGAUGAUGACCCAGAGUAUAGAAAAUUUUUGGAGACCUAUGCUGCAGAUAAUGAGAAGAUGACACAUACUCCAGAGACUCUUCUUGAGGAAAUCGAAGCCAAAAAUAGAGAAUUAAUAGCUAAAAGGACAACCCCACUUUUGAGCUUCCUGAAAAACAAGCAGAGAAUGAGAGAAGAAAAAAGAGAAGAGCGGAGGAGGAGAGAGAUGGAGCGCAAAAGGCUCCGGGAAGAAGAGAGACGUAAGUGGAAAGAAGAAGAAAAGCGCAAACGGAAGGAUAUAGAAAAGCUCAAGAAGGUAGAGCGGAUUCCAGAGAGGGAGAAGAUAAAGGAAGAACCAAAGAUUAAGGUACACAGGUUUCUGUUACAAGCUGUGAAUCAGAAAAAUCUGCUCAAGAAGCCAGAAAAAGGAGACGACAAAGAACAGGAGAAAAGAGAGAAGGCCAAGAAGUUGGACAAAGAGAACCUGAGUGAUGAAAGGGCCAGCGGGCCUGUUUGUACCUUGGCCAAACGCCCUGAGCUGGAGUUUAAAGAUGAAAAGCCUAAGAGAUUCGAAGAGGACUUUAGCAGAGAUUACCGAGACCGAGACCGUGACCGUGACCGGGAUUAUGAGCGUGACCAAGAGCGCAUCCUUCGGGAACGAGAACGGCUCCGGCGGCUAGAGGAGGAGCGCCGACGGCAGAAGGAGCGCUAUGAUAAGGAGAAGGCCUUGGCCUUUAAAAGGAAGGAAGAGGAGCUGAAGAAAGAGAAGGAAGCUCUGGGGGCCAAAUCCAAGAAGCCUGAAACACCUGAACCAGUGGGCGGUGCAGAGAAAGGGGAGAAGAAAGAGGAAGUGGUUAAGAGAGAUCGCAUAAGGAACAAGGAUCGCCCUGCCAUGCAGUUGUACCAGCCAGGAGCUCGAAGCCGCAGUCGUCUUCUUCCUCCUGAGGACACCAACAAGCCUGGAGAUACAGGAGUAGACAGAAAGCAGGAAAGUGGUAUUAGCCAUAGAAAAGAAGGAGGAGAGGAGUGAUAAGUCCAAAAGGCCUUAGGUGUCCUGUUGAGGCAGCCAAAGAGUACAUGUUCAGCAAUCCAGAAGUGCCUUCAGGGCAAAGGAAUAGAGAGAGCGAGCGAGAAAGGGGGUCGCUGUGCUGAUGGGGUCCAUUGCAGAGGAGUAUGUUUUGCGCAAAGCAGGAACCGGAUUGCAGGUUCAGAUGGGAAGUUCCAUUUUCUUGUUUAUGCAGUUCCUACAGACUAAUUUUUCAGUGUCAGACAAAGACGAAGGGCGAGGCCAGGCACUGCCCUGUGCAGGCAAGAAAGGUCACAGGAGUGACCUGAGAAGCAAAUCAGCUGGUUCCACCGUCAAAACGUUUUUGUUCAUCAACUUCAAGUGGCACCGAGUCACUUUGAAGUCACCAUCAGAUCUAGUUAGAGAGUCGUGGUGAUCGCUGUUUACGGUGUAGUGUAAAUGCAGCAAGCAAGCACGUAAUGUAGUCCAAGUACAGUGGGGGGCUUAUGCCAAAAAUGUAGACAUGUCACAUCCCAAUCUGCAAGCUUCAGGGUUAGUUUUGUUUUAGGUGUUUUUUGGUUUGCUUCUGUGAGCUUAGUGGCAAGAAUAUUGUUAAACAUCCCCCCUUUUUUUGCCCUAUAAAAGUUUCUAUUUCAGUUUUCCCCUUGCUUGAUCCUUGACAAUCCAGUCUUUGUUUUAUCAUAGGUCCCAUAAUCUGAGCAUACACUCUUCAGAAAGGAAAGCUGCAUCAAUAUUCGUUCCUGUUACAUAGCAACUUUCCUUCUUCCUCUGUUGCACUGUUGCAAUAAAGAGCAGUUUCUAAAUAUGAA